CUAUUGCGCUGAUCGUGCAGAGGGCUGCUACCACCGGUGUGCUUCUCCGUUUGCACCACUGCUCCAUCAGAGGUAUGGCGAACAUCUGAGACUCCUGCUGAAGAUAUCGGCCCCUCUGGGACAAACACAUGGACACAGACACAUCACGACAGCAUGGGGUCCAGACUGAAACAAAACCCUGAGCGAACCUUUUACUGGUUCUUUGAAGCAACUUGCCCCGUAGCCAGAGACAAAGAUCCCGGAGUACUGUUUCAGUUCCCAGAGGACUUCAGCGAUGAGGAGUCCUGUCAAACGUUACCCCGGUUCUGCUUCCCGUAUGAUAUACAAAGAGCGAGGGAGGGGACGGCCGUGCAGCACUUUACUUUUGUUUUGACUGACCUUGAAGGAUGUCAGCGGUUUGGCUUCUGCCGCCUCACCAACCACACACAUACCUGCCUCUGUAUGCUCAGCUAUCUUCCAUGGUUUGAGGUGUUUUACAAACUUCUCAACAACUUGGCUGAUUACAUCUCAAAAGGACAGACCAAUGAGAUGAAAGCUCUGCUGGCUGCACUCUACAAGCAGCCCUUACCACUGGGAGCUGGAUCUGUCACUCUGCAGAUGGGAGAGCAGCUAUUGGUCAGCACAGAGGUGUCCCAUGCUGAUGGACACAAAGAGGGAAAACAGGGGAUUCCAUACUUCAUUGCUCCAGACCCGAGAACUCUCCCUUCAAUCCCUGAAAAUAGGAACCUGACAGAGCUGAUAGUGGCAGUAGAUGUGGGGAACCUGCUCCAGCUCUACGCCAGCAUGCUGUUUGAGAGACGCAUCCUCAUCUUUGCCAGCAAACUUAGCACUUUGACGUCCUGCGUGCAUGCACUCACUGCUGUGUUAUACCCCAUGUACUGGCAACACAUCUUCAUUCCUGUCCUGCCACCCCAUCUGCUGGACUACUGCUGUGCACCUAUGCCCUACCUAAUAGGGGUCCACACCAGUCUAUCUGAGAGGGUGAGGAGUCGGGGCUUGGAAGAGGUGGUUAUUCUGAAUGUGGACACAAACACUCUGGAAAAUCCAUUUGAUGACCUGAAAAGGAUACCUUCAGAUGUGAUGACCGGGCUGAAAGUGUGUUUGAAGCGUCAGGCGGUGUCUCCUGGCUGCGGUGUCUCCAGGGCCUUCCUCAAAGCUCAGGCUCUGCUGUUUGGAGGCUACAGGGAUGCACUGCAGGGUGAAAAGGGGGGUGAGGUGUGGUUCAGUGAGGAACUGUUUGUAGAUCACAAGUCUUCCAGUAUGAGGGGCUUCCUAGAGAGUGCCAUUCAUCUACAGUCCUUCAAACAGUUCAUUGAUGGUCGCCUGGAUAUUCUGAACAAAGGGAAAGAAGCAAAUGAUCUCUUUGAGGAGGAGAUCUUAAAGUGUGAAGCAACUGCAGGGAGAAGCAAAUCCUAUCAACAGUUAGUUGGUAAUUUAAAGAAAGGGGGAGGAGCGCUGAUCCUUAACAUGAAGUCCAAAGCAAACAUGAGGGCCAAAGGUCUCACAAAGUCUGGUUUGAAAAACUUGCUGUUGCACAAGACCCAAAAUGAAGAAAACAACCUUCACAGGGGAGGAUCUGUGAUGCACCGCCGUGCCCAAUCCGACUGCUUGCAGAACCGCCUGCCAAUCACUCAGCACUUUGGGAGGUCACGUCCCCGUCGGCCUGUUUACAAACAUAGGCCCCCUGGAGAUGAGGAAGACGUGCAGGACACUGGGGACACAUGGGAUGGAGCUGGAUCUGGGCAUCUGGUCGAGCUGGAGUCUGAGCUGCAGAAGGAUGACGAAGAGGGGGAAGAUCAACUGCUGUGUGACCCAGAGGAAAUGGAUCUGCUGGGGGAGAUCUUCGACACACUUAGCUCUCGGAGCUCCAACGAGCGCGGCCUCCUGUAUGGCACACGCAGCCUGGAUCUAUUUGGACCGGACAGCCAUGACUAUAUCAGGAAGGUUGGUUUUCCAGCCAACCCGAGCCAAGAAAGCCUGUCUCUGUCCAUCAGUGGCAGUGGCAGCCUGCACAGCUGGAAUCUGGAAACCACGGAGGAGCGGUCAGACCUGACAGAGGAUUCAGAUUGGCUGGGCCUGGACACCAGCGUACCAGACGAGGAUGGGACAGAGAGUCCGCUGGCAGUGUGUGAAACGGUGCAGCAGCAAGGUAUACAACAUGAAGAAGUGAGCACAAUAAAUGGGAACAAAGAACAAUAUGUAGACGGUGGAAGUACAUUCAAGGAAGUCAAAUUAGAGGACGAGACAAAAAAAGUGGGUCAGGAAAAGAGAGUGAGUUUAGGAGAGGAGUGUUUGAUAGGAAUGGCUGAGAAUCGAGAGGAUGAAGGGUUGAAAGAAGAGAGAGAAGGCGAGCAAAGACAGAGUGACGAGGUUGCUGAAAAGCAAGAAUUAAAAGAAGUAACAGCUGAAGCAAAAGAAGAAGAGGGACAAGAGCAGGAGAAAGAUAGAGAGGUGAAUUCAAACAAACUGAAUCUACAUCCUAACGCUGCAGAGGAGCAGCAAGAACUGGAGGGCAAUCUGGAACCCACAUCUGCUCCUGGGCUUCAGAGUCUCACUGUGGACCCUAAACCUCAGGGUCCUGGAAAUGGUAGAGAAGAAGCAGAAAAGAAAGAGGAGCAAGAGACAAGGCAGACCCACUCUCCUACUAAAGUGCUAUCUGCUGCAACACGUUUCCAGUCUAAGGCGCAAAGCCACGGCUCUCAGGUGAAGUCCAGGAUCCAGGAACUGUCUGAACCUGCGAGACCCUGCAACAUGCUUUGGAGCGGGGAGAACGCACAGAAUCACCUGCCAUGUGACUCAAAUAAAUCAGAAAAAAAAAAUGUCUCAAAGGAUGAGCAUGAGGAGGACGAACCACCUCUGAUCAAAGUGUCUGAGCUUAAGAAGAGAUUUGAAGCCUAAACGAGAUGAAAAACACCAAAAUGAGCAAUGUGCAAGUGAUGACGGAUUUCUCCUGCAUAUCUGUGAAAUACUAUUUCUCGCUUUAAAAAUUGGACAUAUAUAGUUUCAUGUUAUUUAAAAAGGACUCAGUUAUCCUAAGAAAGGAUUGUAGCUUAGGAAAGUAUUACACAGACUUGAAUAGGUAAUGCAUUUGUUCUGGAUUAUUGGGGAUCGGGUCAAAACAAAAGGGACAGUGGCUCAGUGGUGUGUUUUUAAUCAUUUUUGGCAUUUCAAAUUUGUUGUCAAGAAAAUCUUAUGAAGGAACUUACCAAAUAUUAACAGAUGUGUUAAAGUUAGACUGGGGAUUUGUAAUAUUAGGAAAUGUAGAUGAAACUAAAGAAAUACAUUAAUGUUUUGCAUUUCUACAACUGUAUGAAGGCCCCAAUUGUUAUUGUUAAAUGAAUAUUUUUUAUAAAAGGUGUGUGAGAAAGUGAUGAAAUGCUAAAACUGACAGUGAGGAUAGCAUUUUUGGUCUUCACACACAAUAUGAAUAACUUAAAGCAUAAUAAACAAACUGUUUUCAAAGUC